AAGAGCGCGGAAGCAAAGCUGGCUCUGCUCUUUGCAAAAGUCCGGCCGAAUUUCCUUAGGCGAGGCGCCAUGGCCUCCAGCUUGGAGGAAGAGUUGGUGUGCCCCAUCUGCCUGGCCCUCUUCCAGGAGCCCCGCAUGCUGCGCUGCGGCCACAACUUCUGCCUGGCCUGCCUGCGCGGCGCCGUCGCCGCCGGCCAGGAGGAGGGUUCGUGCCCCGAGUGCCGCAGCCCCUUCCAUUUGCAGGAGCUGCAGCGCAACCGAGCGCUGGGCAACCUGGCCAGGAAGGUCCGCCGCUGGAGAGGGGACGCGCCGGAGCCCCUCCUGCCGCCGGGCAGCCUCCCCGCCGCCUGGCACUUCUGCGAGGCCCACGACGAGCCGCUGAAGCUCUUCUGCACCCAGGACGAGGCGCCCAUCUGCGUCAUCUGCAGGGACCUCCCCGAGCACCGCGGCCACCACUUCUUGCCCACACAGAACGCCGCGCAGGCGGCACAGCGAAAACUGAAAGCGUACCUUAAGCUUCUGGAGGAGUUUUUGAAGAGGCAGACUAAGGAUGAAACUGAUCAGCAGAAGGAAAUUGCAACACUGAAGAACUUCACUGGAGACCUCUUGGAUCACAUUUCCACAGAGUUUGAGAUUCUCUACCAGAUCUUGCACAAGAAAGAAGAAGACAUUAAGGGGCUGGUAGAAAAGAUUAAGGAGAGGGACAUGAAGGAUAUGGAUGAUUACUUAAUCUCUCUGAAAGAAGACAUAUAUUCGCAGACUGAGACCAUUGUGAAGGUCAAAGCCUCACUGGAAGAAGCCGAUCAUGUUGUCUUUCUUAAGGGCUUCAAGGAACUGAUGGAGCGAGUCAAGAAGCAUCACCCAGGAGUGGAAGAUUAUAUUGAUGAUGAAGAAGGUGAAAAUAGUAAAGACAAAAAUAAAAAUAGCAAUGAAGAAGAUGAAAAUAGCAAUGAAGAAAGUGAAAAUAGCAAAACUGAUGAAAAUAGCAAUGAAGGUGAAAAAAGUGAAGAUGAAGAUGAAAAUAACGAUGAAGAAAGUGAAAAUAGCAAAACUGAUGAAAAUAGCGAUGAAGAUGAAAAUAGUGAAGAUGAAGUUGAAAGAGAUGAAGAUGAAAAUAGUGAAGCUGAAAAUAGCGAUGAAAAUAGCAAAGAUGAUGAAAAUAGCAAUGAAGAAGAUGAAAAUAGUGAAGAUGAUGAAAAUAGCAAUGAAGAGGAUAAAAAUAGCAAUGAAGAUGAAAAUAGCAAAGAUGAUGAAAAUAGCGAUGAAGAUGAAAAUAGUGAAGAUGAAGAUGAAAGAGAUGAAGAUGAAAAUAGUAAAGAUGAUGAAAAUAGUGAAGAUGAAAAUAGCGAUGAAAAUAGUGAAGAUGAUGAAAAUAGCAAUGAAGAUGAAAAUAGCAAAGAUGAUGAAAAUAGCGAUGAAGAUGAAAAUGAAAGAGAUGAAGAUGAAAAUAGUGAAGAUGAAGAUGAAAGAGAUGAAGAUGAAAAUAGCGAUGAAAAUAGCAAAGAUGAUGAAAAUAGCAAUGAAGAUGAAAAUAGUGAAGAUGAUAAAAAUAGUGAAGAUGAAAAUAGUGAUGAAGAUGAUGAAAUCAGUGAUGCUUACCUUAUUGACUCUGGAGUGAUAUCUGUAGCUAAAGACCUCAAGAUAUUAAAAGAUUGCUUGCACUUUGAAAACUGGAAAAAACAGCUGGAAUGUAUCAUUCCAACCAAAGAACUAAUUCAAAAAUUUCCAGCUGACUAGACCAUGUUUCAUAAGAUUUACUGGCCUGUAAUUUGCUUAUUGCCCUCUAUACAAAUUUUUAAAGAUCAGUGUAACAUUUGCUGUUCCCUAGUUUUCUGGUACAGUAGCUGAUUUUAGUUCCAAAUUACAUAUGCAGAUUAGUAGAGCAACAAUUUCAUAUUUGG